UGAAGUUAGAAUUUUGCUGAAGCAAUCAAAAUUGAUGAAAAUGUUAAGAGUUGAAUUAAUAUUCAGUUGCUGCAGGGGACAUUAUAUAUUUUGCAUGUAACCCUUACAAUGUGCAUGGAUGCACUUUGACUUAAGUACAAGUAUUAAGAAUACUGAAAGAAUAUCAUCAGAAAGAACUUUCCUCCUAUAUACAAGACUUGGAACCUUUUUGUGUGGGUGGUACUUAAUUAAGUUCAUUCUCUUUUCCAGGUUUGAAUCCCUAUAUGAAGUAUAGUAAAGACACUGAUAAUGAGGAUGGACUCACUUUCCAUUGUGAUAAAUGUUCGAAAGUUUACCUCAAACCUAACCAAUUAAGUAAACAUCGUCUUGAGGAACAUAUGUUAAGGCGCCUUAUCUGUUCUAUAUGUAAAGCUACAUCUAAAAACCAUUACUACUUUGGCCAGCAUCUCUACUUUGUGCAUUAUUAUGAAGGAAAGGGGUACCAUGGAUGUAAGAUAUGUGGAACUCAUUUAAGGCACAAGUCUGCUUUAGAAAAGCACAUGUUGAUCCAUAAGCAAGAGAAACCACAUAUGUGUAGUAAAUGUGGUAGGAACUUCACAUUAGCAGGGACUCUGAAGCAACACGAAGAGACACAUAUGACAGAGGCAGAUAAAACUCUCACAUGUCAUAUUUGUGGUAAAAAGUAUGGACUUAAGAGAAGCUAUCAGCUUCAUGUGAGUAGUCAUAAAAAGAUUCACCAGUGCGCACAUUGUGGCUUGAGGUUUGCACGUAGGGAGCAUAUGAAGCGCCAUAUACAGACACAGCAUUCAAGUGAAGAAAUUGCAGCCAUCGCUAGAGAAAAAGCAAGAAUUCAUUCUCGUAAUCGUAAAUCUAAAGAUAAAAGUGUCUCUAAAAUGGGAGAAUCUAAAUUAUGUACCGGGCCUUCAAAUGACAAUCUCUCAUUGUCCAGUAAUGAAUUAGUUCAAAGUAAAUCCAGGCCUAAUAUAAGUGCUGUAAAGCCCGAUUCAAUUGCAAUGAAGCCUGAAUUGAGCAUCAUACCACCUGAUUCAACUGUAACAAGUCUAGAAUUCCAUCAUAUCAGGCCACAUCUGAUUGAAGCGAAGCCUGGUGUAGAUUUGGAUGGUGCUAGAGGUCACAAUCCUCAAGAAUAUGCAAUUGAAACAAUGAACUGGACCACCACCUUUGCAGCAAAUGACAAUGGAAAUCCCAGAUAUAGUAAACUCUAAAUAUCGGGACACUCAAAACAGUAAUCUAAGUGUUUAGCCUUGCACAUUCAAAUGUUCAACUAGAUUAAGGAAAUGUAUGUUCAUUUGUUUUAUAAUAUAUUACAACACUGAUUAUAUAAACACUUAUGAUAUGUGCUUAAUUGUUUGAGAGUUCUUGUGCUUUAGCAAUACAUUUCUAUUCUGAGUGAGAAAUAAAUUAAGGAGAAAAACAAUGUCUUCACUAUUAUUUGUUGAGCUUCUCUCACUUAAUGAAAAACUAUUUGUGGAAAUUAAGUUCAUAGAUUUUACUUGUGAAACCCUUCGUAGCUGAGUGCAGGGAAUUAAUCUUUCAAGUAAAAACAAUGCUAUAUUAAAACUCAGUGAUGUUUGUUCAUUUCCAUUAAUCAUUUAAAUCGUUGCAUUUGAUUGAAAACUAUAUUUAUUCUGGGGAGCUCUAUCAGUACAAAACUGGUCUUCCU